GUGAAUGGUGUGAUAUAAACUUUCUCUUCCAUUCUCUUCAAAUAGUUUUCCAUUAUUAUUUGUCCAAAUAUCCUUGAAAAUGUAGCUUUAUUAUCUGACAAGAAAUCUGUUAUCUGAUUUACUAGUUUAUCGAAAGUUUCUUUGUUUGAUUACAAUCUGCAAUGGAAUGGAGUAUGAUGACGAUGAUGAUGUAGGCUUUGAACGAGAGAGGAAGAAAAAGAAACAAGAAGAGAAGCAUUCAUGUAGUGGCAGUGGUGGGGAAUUGAGUUAGCUCCGACAAUGGACUGUGAUAGAAACAAACAUUUCUCUAACUUUAUCUCAAUAAUUAUUGCAAUGAAGUAGUGUUUUAGAUGGAAGUGUUGUUUUUAAAUCUAGUUUUCAUAUUAUUUGAGUUAUCUGAAGCGUCAUGACAAAUAUCAGCAUGUGUUCUGUGCCUCCAAAGUUUUAUGAACUUUGUCGCCUUUGUUUAUCAUGCGAAGGUGCAAAGGUGUCUAUUUUCGACGAUUCUGGAACUCAACGUAAUUUUCCAAUGAAGAUAAGCGCUUGUCUAUCUAUCUUAGUGACGGAACAAGAUAUGCUUCCCUCUUCAUUGUGUCAUCGCUGUGUUUAUAAGCUGGACGUUCUUAAUGAGUUCAGGGAAGUUUCGAGAAAGACUGAUGCUAUCCUCAAGCAAUAUUUAAACAGAUCUGAGGGACUGACACACGACGAGCAUAGUAAUACACUGCAGAAAAGCGCGAUCCCCGAGCUAAAUGGAUGUAAUAGCGGUCAAAAUGUGACAAUGUUCCAUGCGGACGAUCAGUUGGAAAACCUGAAAAGUCUCGCCACAAUAGCAGCUUCGAAUUGUUUCCUGCCCGCCAAGCCGAAAUGCAACGAUCACGGGGGAUCACUGAUCGUGAAUAACGGCACAAUCAACCUUGAAGAGAAAGAACCCGAAACGGGAGAGAGAUAUCGGCCCGCCGAGGAGAAGGAGAGAGACAGAGUCCAGAGAGAGCGAGAGCUGGAAACAACGGUAGUGAAGAGAAAUAAUGACUACGCAGUGGAAACUACGGUCGACCAUGUGGUAGUGAGGAAAAACAAUGAGUACACAGUGGAAAAUACGGUCGACCAUGUGGAAGUGAGGAAAAAUAAUGAUUAUGGAGUGGAAAAUACGGUCGACCAUGUGGUAGUGAGGAAAAAUAAUGAUUAUGGAGUGGAAAAUAUGGUCGACCGUGUGGUAGUGAGGAAAAACAAUGACUAUGCAAUGGAAAAUACGGUCGACCGUGUGGUGGUGAAGAAAAAUAAUGACUACAGUACUGGCAACUUCACAAUAAAAUGUGAGCCGGAUGAAGAGGAAGCAGAGUUGUACAUUCAGAAGACGGAUUCUAUGAGUAGUGACGAUGAGAGCGGGGAGGACUCGGAUGGGAGGACUACACCGGUCCAAAAUGGCCGCCGCCGUGAUGAGUCAAGGGUUGCAGAGAGAGAGAACAACGAGUCCAAGAUUGACACGAAAAGUUUGUUGAGAACACUGAUGUCGGCCGCUUCAUUGUUUAGCGCGCAACAGAAUUCGUUCGCGACGGAUAUCGCGUCGCAUUGCACCAAACUGCCGCCUGCGUCUUUGUCACCUCAGACUCCUGGAAGCCGUGGUGAAACACAGCGUCACAGCAGCGGUCGACGGAAACAGAGUUGUCCUCUGCGCUCGACAGAGGUGCCCUUCCUCAAGACCAAACCCACCUCAACCACCCCCAGUCGCAGUCCCAGCCCCACACCUCCGCCACCCACACACCACCACCAGCAGCAGCCGCCCCCGGGGGCAGUGCGGCCGGUCAGCCGCUCCACGGAGGCCAUCAGUCGGUUGCUGGAGGCGGCGCACUACACAGAGCGCAGCGAGCGAGGCGAGAUCUCGGACAAUGAGGCUGAUGAUGACAUCGAGGAGGUGGAGAUUGAGUCUGAGAUGGAUGUCGAGAUAGAGCAGGAUGCCGUCGGCAGCGCCCAGUGGUACACUAAGUCUGUGUUUCGGCCUAAUUCACGGCAGCAGCAACAGCAACCAUCGCUAGCGAAACGCGUGGACCUGGCUUGCAGCAACUGUGGCACCCGAACUACGACCAUCUGGCGUCGCAACCGGUUGGGUGAGAUGGUGUGCAACGCAUGCGGUCUCUACUACAAGCUGCACAAUGUCAACCGGCCGGCCACCAUGCGUCGAGACACUAUCCACACAAGGCGGCGACGCCCCAAGGGAGAGAAGAUCACAUUAAGGCGCAACAGCAAAAAAGCCAACAGCGAUUGUGCAAGUGGUGGCAACAGUGGCAGCGACGAAUGUUGCGACGAUAUGUUGGCAGCACUGCGUCGACAAAUCCAGCCGCACCUCAUGUUGGCAGCACUGCAGCAACAGUCGCCACCCUUCUCCCCCGCCGCCCAUCACUCUCCCUCCAUCAUCUACAAAAAAGAACUCGCCAGCGACGAAACGCCUCUAAAUCUCGUCGCUAGCGGUCAGUAGCUGGGUAAAUCAUCUAAAAAAAAAAAUCCUGAAAAUCAUCCAAUUUUGUUGGAUGUUGUCUUAAAUCAUCCAAAAAAACACCUGAAAAUCAUCCAAUUUGGUUGGAUGUUGACUUAAAUCAUCUAAAAAAAUCCUGAAAAUCAUCCGAUUUGGUUGGAUGUUGUCUUAAAUAAUCUAAAAAACCUUAAAAUUAUCCACGAUAUUGUCUUACGAUUGGUUCAUGUUACUGGACCCAAAUUAUCCAACUGUGUUGGAGCCUACUACUCGCAAGACCUCUAGGUUUAUUUCACAAAACCUAACCUAAUUAAUUCAACCAAAGUUGGAUUAUGUCACUUAGGUAUAUUGUUAUUAUAGUGAGAUUCACGUUGUAAAGUCAAAUAAUGAUAGGAGUACAGUAUUGCCGAUUCUCUGCAUUACCAGAUAGCUGUGAUUCAAGUUAUUUCGGUAUAUCUGAUGUAAUUAUAUGAUCAAAUCUAACUCAAAUACAUUUCUGUACUUCAGAGCUAGAGGAGCGUAAGUCUUUUUUUUGACAAAAUGAUGUUUUAAGUUAGUUUUAUUCCGUUUUUCUUACUCUGUAGAUCUAAAAAACGUAAGUUUUCUUCAGUUGGUAGUUUUUUAGAAAGCCAGAGGUGAAAGAGCGUAAGUCCAGUCAGAAUUAAAACUGAAACAACUCGAGUUCAAUAAUUCUCAUGUAAAUUUAAUGCUGAUUGAACUUAGGCACUUCUAACCCUGGCUAGAAUGGUUAAUUCCUUUGCGAAUUAAUUAACUUUAUCAUGGUUGAUUACUUUGUAGCCUAAAUUACUUUACUUCGUGAAUGGUUAAUUACAUUGAGUUCCCUGUAAAAUGAGCAGUUUGAUAUUUACGCCCUUCUAGCUCUGAAGUAAAGAAAAUAAAAUAUAUUUUCUCAUGAUAUGAUAAUAGAAACAUUUUCAUAAUUUAUAUAUAAAGUUUUGAUAGUUCAUAAACUAUCUUCGUUGUCAAUAAAAGAUUUGACAAUAGUUUUGAAGAGGAUAAAGCCAUCUGCUUUGUUUGAUAACAGACAAGGAUGGCAACACCAAUGUAUAUCAUGUGCUGACUUCAUAACUUUAAUCUCACUAUAAACGCAAUUAUCCAACUUAUAUCGAUAGACCGAUCGGGUCACGUUACUAAGCCUAACACUAAUAACUCUACAUUAUUAAUUUUAGACGUAAGUGUAAUAUUAAAACAAAAUUGUAAUAUUAAUCGUGUAGGACUGACGAUGUCCAAGAUAAAUGCCUUAAACUAGAAAUAUAUUCGAUUAAGUACCGUAUUAGAAAUUGACUUUUCACGAUGCAAGUGGUCACUAGUGUAUAACAUCUUGUAGUGACUUGGGGAAAAAAAUUAGGAACACUCAAAUUGAAUGACCUAAAAUUAAAGGGGGAGCCUGUAACCUGUAGGGUAUAAUAAAUUUAGUGUAUUACCCUUUGGUAAAUCGAUAGAAACACCAAUACAUUUAAAAUUCAUAAUUCUACUUGUUGCAAGUAUUGCAACGUUGAAAGCAAUAUUGUAAUUAUAAUGAUUGAUGGUUUAUUUUUCAGUAAGGGUAGUUAUGGUUCUAACAGCACAUAUUUAUUGAGCUUGAAAAUAAUGUUUAAAGCUUGAAAAUUCAACGCAUUUUAAUAUUUUUCUUGUAGUGUGUAUUGCGUAGAUUAUCCACUACCAUUUACGGACAAUAAUCCAGUAAUAAAAGAUAAUCAACCGAGAAGACUGUUAGAGCAGGUGUUGCUUCAGUGAUAGCUUUUUAUCUUUAAAUCUUUGGUAUCAAGUAGUCAGGUUAGAAUAAUGUAUGGCAGUUGAAUUAGUCAUAAUGUUGAUUAAAAAAAUUACUAAUAUUAUAGUUGAGUACCUUUGAAGAUCAAAACGCACAUAAAUUUUAUUUGCUACUUUCAGGCUAAAUAGGUUGCACAUGGCUAUUUUUAACCUUGUUCCAAAGAUGCGCAUGAUGUUACAUUUUCAAUGUUCCUAACGUAAUACUGGGUUUUGGUGGGGAUUUAAUUUCUAAUUGGUUUAAUUAAUCAAAACUACAGUUGAAUGUGAGCGUGAGUGAUGAUGUGCUUUUGAGUAAUGUUCAUGAUUAUUAUAACCGAUAAUUUACUGGGAGAUGAUCUCAGUUAUUAUAAUGACCACAUUUUGUUGGUUUGCAAGUAUGUCUACAAUUUUCAGUAUUAUGAAAUUUCACAAUUUUUUGACUACUUAAUUAUCAAAUUUGUAUUUGGUAUAUCUUGGAGAAUUCCAAGCGACAGUGAUAUUUAUUGCUCUCUAGUAUUUUCAGUGCAUUUUAAUUUAACAUUAAGUAAUGUUUUAACGAACGAAGACGUAAGAAAAAAUGUUCUCACUAUAUAUUUAUGGCAAUAAGUUACAAUAUUUGCAAGUUUACUCUACAUAUUCAGUGAAGCAUUUAUUCCAAUGUUGACAUUCUGAUUUUCAGACUGUGAUUUUAGCGUUAGUACAUUCUCUGUAUAGUUAGUAUGUUACUAACUAUAGUUAUCAAUAUCAACGCUUGCGGCAUUACUAUAUUGUACAGAUCAUAUUCAAAUAUUUGAUCUGAUAGAUUGAAUUAUGACAUUUAGAAUAGACGGUCAAUUGCUA